GCUAAUGUGCACUGUCAUGUACUCAGCCUCAGCAGAGCAUAGUACGGUGUAUGUUAAGCUGGUUACGGGAACCGCCAUAGCGUGGUCGCUGUCGCACGUUGGGUUAGACUUAACUGAGUCUCGGUCAAAUGGAUGGACGACUCAGAGGCAGUAAGUUGGGGUCAUCAAUGACAAGUCGGAUGAUUUUACUCACUCAUCCAGCCAGGAGUUGGAUCUUUAUGAUUUAAUUGGAACUCUAUUCCUAACCAAAGUAGUCUGCUUGUAAGACGUGCCUCAGCCAAUUACAAGUACGGUGAAAAGGUGUCCUGGUCCGAUUGUAGUAAUAUUGUUCGCCCAACACCAGACCAAGAGCUGAGAGCCCGGCUCAUCAGUUGGAACUAUGUUCCUACCUAAAUAGUUGUCUUGUGGAGUAACGCCCAAGCGGAACGCAAGAUAAUGAAAUAUGGAUCUUGGCCCACUAGAGGUUUCGCCGGAAAUCUCCGAAUUAAUACCGAGGGUUAUUGAUUUGUUAAAAAUAGUGGGAGAUAAUUAAUUAAAGGCCUAAUUAAUUAUUAAACAUGAUAGAUAACCUAGUUUGCAAAAUUUUCUGUAGAUGGCAAACAACAACAACCCUUUCAACCUGCGUUACAUCCUGGAAAACAACAAGUUAUCCGGGACCAACUUUCUUGACUGGGAGAUGAACCUUCAAAUCGUUCUUAACUGUGAGAGGAAACUCUACAUCCUCGAAACGGAUCCUCCCAAGACCCCUGAUGCUAAUGCUCGUGCGUCCGAACUCACUUACUUCAAGAAGUAUGAGGACGACGCGCGAGAUGUAAAGUGUAUCAUUAUGGCCAGUAUGACCGCGGAGCUCCAAAGGCUCCACGCGGACAUGGAAGUGCGUCCUAUGAUACAAUGCUUAAGAGACCUUUACCAGGGUCAACCCCAAAACUCAGGUAUUUACGUUAUCAAAGUCAAUAUGUCUGAUAUCACCUCUUGGGUGAUGGAUACUGGAUGUGGUUCUCACAUCUGUACUUCUAUGCAGAACUUGCAUGAAUGUAGACAAUUGACGGAGGGAGAGAUACAACUAAACGUCGGCAAUGGCGCACUCAUCUAUGCAUUAGCCGUCGGAACCUAUAGUUUAUCUCUACCUAGUGGUCUAAUAUUGCAUUUGAAUAAUUGUCUGUUUGUACCUAGUAUGAGCAGAAACAUCAUUUCUGUAUCCUGCCUUGACAAAGCAGGAUUUUCAUUCGUUGUAAAAGACAAAACUCUUUCAGUCUUUAGAAAUGAUAUAUUUUAUGCAAGUGCAAAAAUGACCAAUGGUCUCUAUGUCCUCGACAUGGAUACCGCAGUAUAUAACGUAGAUGUUAAGAGAAACAAACCUAAUAGUUUGAAUCUCGCGUACCUUUGGCAUUGUCGUUUGGGCCACAUUAACGCGAAACGCAUAUCUAAGUUACAUCGUUCUGGUGUACUUGAUUCAUUUGACUUCCAGUCAUAUGAUGUAUGUAAAUCUUGUUUACUUGGUAAAAUGACAAAGGCUCCAUUCACCGGUCACGGUAAAAGGGCGAGUGACUUAUUGGGCCUCAUACACUCCGAUGUCUGUGGUCCAAUUAGCACUGUAGCUAGAGGUGGUUAUUCUUACUUCGUUACAUUUACUGACGACCUUAGUAGAUAUGGAUAUGUGUAUNUAUUCAGAAACGUAGAUUACGUACAUAGGAUUUGUCACUACUCUUUUUAAAGAGAUUAAUGUCUUAUGGGGCCCACUGAUAAGUCAUGACUGAGGAAACUGCAUGGCCAUGCUGAGAUGCUUUUAUGACGUCUGUUCCUAUUAGUUAGACUUGAUAAAUCAGUGAAUGACUUAAUGGAUACAAGCUGGAUUUUAUUAAUCCCUUGCAUUAAGUUUAGACAUUGAGACAAAGGGAUACAGUUACACGGAGUCUGAGUCGUGGAAAGGUUUUGACGGUGCAAACGUCUUAACUUAUAAUCUGGGGGGCAAUAAUGUGUUGCUAGAUACCGCUUAUUGCUUAUAGUAUUGGUGCAGAGCCAAUACUGUGACCAG